AAUAUAGUAUUUGGCAUUAAUUGAGCUAUAUGUUUUUUAGUGCGAACUACGAAUCAAAAUAUCCAAAACAGAAGAGCUACUUGCGUCUAUCGAGCAGACAAGGAAAGUCGAAAAACCAUUUGAGGGAUGAAUGAGGUGUUAAAAAAGGAAAAUUAUAAUAUGUUUUUAUAAAACAUUUUUUUUUUUUUUUUUGAGGAGAGAGUGAAGUGUUUGAACACCAACAAGCAACAACUCUCGAUACGUGUCUACGGCUCGCGGUGCUUUAGCACACACACGCACACACACACACUAUGUAAUUUACCAAUCUUAUUCGGAACGCUCUGUACACGGUACGCGCUGACAACGUUUUAGAUAAGACGAAACAAUUUAAUCAACCGGUUACAACAACUGAGAAGUAACGACUAACAAGUAGCUAUCAGAACAGUUUAAGAUACAAUUAUUAACAACUCCGUGAAUAUUGAAUUUUGAUUAAUAAGCAAAUUAUCGAAUUAAAAUUUAUGGUGACCAUGUGGUGAUUCAGGCCAUUAAAAUCGAAAGCAAAUAAGCCAUAGAUAAAACCAAACAUAAAGCGGUGAAAACCAACAGUAAUCAGUCUUUGUAUUGGUAGAAUACAAAUCACAGUCAACGACGAACACUACAAAUGGCAUCUUUUUUAAAAUGGUACAGAUUUUACAGCCACACAUACCCAAUACGGACCAACCUCGUUCAAACAGGUUUAUUGUUUGGUUUUGGGGAUUUAAUGGCUCAGAGCGCAGUAGAAAAGCGUAAACCCGAUGAAAUCGAUUGGUUACGUACUAUUCGCUAUGCAUCUAUUGGGUGCGCCGUAGGACCAACACUUACUAUGUGGUAUAAAUCGUUGGACAGAUUUGGAACUAAAAACACCAUACCAAUAAUAGCUAAAAAGAUAAUAGUUGAUCAAACAAUUGCAUCACCAAUUAUUAAUGGAGCUGUAAUGAUAAUGAGCAGAGUGUUUAGUGGUGACGAAUGGCCACAAAUACAAAAUAAAUUAGAAGACAACUAUGUGAAAGUUAUGCUUACUAGUUAUUUGAUUUGGCCAGCUGUACAGACAUUUAAUUUCUCCAUUGUUCCUCAACAAUACAGGGUUUUAACAGUACAAAUAGUGUCAUUAGCUUGGAAUACAUAUCUUUCAUUCAUGAGUGUUGGCGGUGAAAAAUCAAAAUAAUUAUAAUAUUAAAAAUUAUAUAUCAAUGCAUCUAAGGGUGUAUAAUUCUGUUUAUAAAUUUAUGUUUCUAUGUUUAUUUUAUGUAUCAUUUGUUAUUUGAAAUAUAUACACAUAUAUUAUAUAUAUAUAUAUUUUUAAAUAUAAAUCAAAUAUUUUUUAAUAUUCUUAAUAUUGUGAUAAACUAUAAAAACGUAUAGUUGUAAUCUUAAUAUCUAUGUAAUUAAUAAAACUGGUUGAAUCUUUAAAAA